GCUGACUAGGGUUCUUGGAGUCGAGGUAAGCUUCGGCCUGUUUUCGAUCGAAUUUCCAGCUGCUGGGUCUCUGAUUGAAGGAGUAUGCUCGAGGCAUGGAUUGAUUCCGGCAAUCUCAUGGCUCGCGCGCUUCCUCCAAACGGUGGCGUCCUCUCCUCGUCGCGAUUGCCAAUCCCCAAGCAGCUGUUUGCGGCGCCCAGCAUUCUUUUUACGAGGGCUUCGGUGAGAUUUUCGUCCCCAAAAUUCGUGGUUGCUGCCGCUCAACCACGAGGAGGAGACGACAAGAGCUCUGCCAGUAGCUCAUCCUCAUCGACAAGCCUAUCGCCCAAGGACGAGUAUAGCGAGAGCGUGAACGAGGAGCUCCUCUAUUUCUUGUUCCAGCUCGACUUGGCGACGCGACUCCAGCGUGCCUUGAAUCAAGACCACUAUGAUGCCGCUCAAGCCAUUCGUGAGAAGAUCAGCCAGGUCGAGAAAGAGGUUUCCAAACUACGCGAGAAGAAAGCCGGCGCGGUUUCAGCCAAGAACGAAGCUCAAGACAAAGAGAUCGCGCUGCUUCGUUUCAGGAGCGAGCUUUCCGCUUCCAUAGAGAGAGAGGACUACGAAGGUGCCAGGCAGCUGAAAGAUAAGAUCUCCAAACUCGAGUCAGAAUCGCUAGCAGCAUCCGUAAGAGCUCUGGCUUACCAGAAUGUGAAGUACGCAUUUCGUCUUGGCCAGAAGGUCCGGCACAAGCUGUUUGGUUAUAGAGGAGUUGUUUGCGGAAUGGAUCCAGUGUGCUGUGAGUCGGAGAAAUGGUGCGACAGGGCCAGAGUCUACGAUCAGCGAAAGAACCAGCCCUUUUACCAGGUGCUUGUCGAUGUUGAGAGCGAACCUCAGCAGGAAGCAGCAUAUGUUGCGGAGGACAGCUUGGAAGCUCCUGCUGAACCCGACAUGGAAGCUUUGGAUCAUCCAUACAUCUAUUUCCUGUUCUUUGGAAUGGAUUCCGCUGGUGACUACAUUCCAACAAAGCAGCUCCGGCAAAAGUACGAUGUGGCAAGGCACGAGCAAACAAAUGACGCGUAGCCUGCCUCGUGCUCGGCAAGAAUAUGAAGAAGAAAAGCAAGACCUUUUCGUUUUUA